AAUGGGUUUCUGUCAGAGAUCAUGGAGAAGGGGCAGCUGGUGCCGCUGGAGACAGUAUUGGACAUGCUUCGAGAUGCCAUGGUGGCCAAGGUAGAUACCUCCAAAGGCUUUCUAAUCGAUGGCUACCCUCGGGAGGUACAGCAGGGAGAGGAGUUUGAGUGGAGGAUCGGACAGCCCACACUGCUGCUGUAUGUGGACGCAGGCCCUGAGACCAUGACCCAGCGGCUCCUGAAGCGUGGAGAGACCAGCGGGCGAGUGGAUGACAAUGAAGAGACCAUCAAGAAGCGGCUAGAGACCUACUACAAGGCCACAGAGCCUGUCAUCGCCUUUUAUGAAAAACGUGGUAUCGUACGCAAGGUCAAUGCCGAGGGCUCCGUGGACCGUGUCUUCUCCCAAGUCUGCACCCACCUGGACGCCCUCAAGUAGCAGCCCUGGAGCCCCUUCCCCGGCCGAGCCCUGGCCCACCCCUGUCCUGACUGAGGCUGUCCCCAGCCGGAGCUCAGCGCCUCCACCCUGCCCGG